AUGACUUGCCAAUCAAAGAACUUGCAACAUGUAGGUAAAACAUUCUCUCCUAACAAGGUGCAACUGGUGCAACCAGAAGUUCUAAUUAUAGGACAGCACUAUACACCUCAAGAGUGGCUUUCAGAUAAGCAAAAGAUUGAGAAGAUCUUGAGCUGGCCACCUCUGAAGACAUCUAAGAAUGUAUGCAGAUUUCUAGAACUAUGCAGUACUGUUUAUAGUGUGGUAGAAUUCAUCUUAUUCCAGGUGGAUGAGAAGAGAAGGAAGAGAUCUGCGCAGUAUAAAUCUAUACUUAUGAAUGAUAGAGAAUCAAGGUGCUUCCAGCCUAAGCUAGAGCUGUAUGGGCUCUUUCAGACUUUGAGAGCCUAUAGACUCUAUAUCAUUGGAGCCAAAAAGCUGUGA